AUGGCCGUCGUUCGUGCAACACCAGUCGUGCUGCUUGCAGCGGUGAUGCUUGCGAGCACGGCGCAGCUUUGCAUGGGGGCGAGGCGCCGCAUGGAGCUGUACCGGCCAGACCCAGCCGACAUGCUCUCCUUCCACAACGGCGGAGCCGUGCUCCACGGCGACAUCCCCGUGUCCAUACUCUGGUACGGCAAGUUCAGCGCGGCGCAGAAAUCGGUGAUCGUCGACUUCCUCCUCUCCCUCACCGCUGAGACGAAGGCCGCCGCCGCCGCGCCGUCCGUCGCGCAGUGGUGGAGCACCAUCGACCAGCAGUACCUCUCCCCCGUGGCCAGCACGAGCUCCAACGGCGCUGGCAAGAAGACGACCCGGGUGCUGCUCGCGAACCAGCUCUCCGACGGCGCCUAUGGCGCGGGCUCCAUGGGCAACUCCCUCACCCUGGAGCAGAUUGCUGCCCUGGCCGCGACGACCAAGCCCAAGAAAGGCGGGAUCGCGUUGGUCUUCACGGCUGAGGACGUGGCCGUGGAGGGCUUCGGCAUGGGCCGGUGCAGCCUGCACGGCUCCGACGCCGGCGCCGGCACGGCCUACAUCUGGGUCGGAAACCCGGCGACGCAGUGCCCCGGCCAGUGCGCGUGGCCGUUCCACCAACCCGCAUACGGGCCGCAGAACCCGCCCCUCGUGGCGCCCAACGGCGACGUGGGCGUGGACGGCAUGGUCAUGAACCUCGCCAGCAUGCUCGCCGGCGCCGUCACCAACCCGUUCGGCGACGCCUACUACCAGGGCAGCAGCGACGCGCCGCUAGAGGCCUGCACCGCUUGCACGGGGAAAUUCGGCAGCGGCUCCUACCCUGGGUACGCCGGGGACCUCAAGGUUGACUCGGCCACCGGCGCCAGCUACAAUGCCAACGGCGCGCGCGGCAGGAAGUACUUGCUUCCGGCGCUCUUCGACAUUUCCACGUCUGCUUGCAGCACUUUGGUGUAGAGCAAACAACAUUUCUAGGAUUAUCUUUUAGUUCGUUUGCUGAGAAACUAAGUAGUGUAUAUAUGCCAGCAUGGAAGCAUGCAAUUCAUUCGUUUGUGAGAUUAUGUGUCGGCAAUAAUGUUGAGCGGAGAAAUGGAAUUGAGGUUAGUCAAAA